AUGGACAUUAGAUUGUUCUAUGGAAGAAAAGAGCAGGAUCCGCAUGUUAGGCAAAUCCCAUCUGACAGUGAGGAUAGUGAGAUAGACAGCAGUGACAGUGAGGAGGAGUGCAAUGGAGAAAAAGACACUCUAGAUACCAGUGAGCAUGAAGAUGAAGACACAGAUGAAGAUGACAGUCUGUCUGAAGAUGACAGUAGUUUUUCCAAGACCCCUCGAUGGAAAAUGUGUCACACCACUGCCUCUCCAGUACACCCUGAAUGGUUACUCGUCCCUCCAUCAGCCGAUGAAAUUCUGUCUCCAUACCAAUAUUUCAAAAGUCUUCCCUCCGACAACUUCUUUGAGCUUACUGUUAAUGAGUCAAACCUGUACAGCAUCCAGUGCAAUCCUGCUAAUCCGCUUAACCUUACUGUUCAAGAACUUGAACAGUUCUUUGGCACUCUGCUCCACAUGUCGUUAUUUGGUCUUCAAGCCACCCGCAUGUUUUGGAGCCAAAGUAGCUGUAUUGCACAUGUUGUUGAUGUGAUGCCUCUUGCACAAUGGGAGACUAUCAAAAUAUUUCUCCAUUUCAGUGACAACAGUUGUCAGCCCACGAGAGAUAUGGCUGACUAUGAUGAGCUAUACAAGAUUCAACCUCUCCUAAAUCACAUCCUUAUCAAGCUGAAACAACUUCCUAUGCGUGAGACAUUGAGUGUGGAUGAACAAAUGGUGCCAUUUAAAGGCAAGAGCAGAAUUAAGCAGUACCUACUCAGUAAACCAAGAAAAUGGGGUUACAAAAUACUGGUCCUUGCUGGAUCAAAUGGCGUUCCACACAAUUUUGAAGUUUAUACUGGGAAAGCUGUCCAUCCACCUGAGCUUCCAGAUAUAGGGGCAAGUGGGAAUGUAGUACUGCGCCUGGCAGAACCAGUACUGACGAAAAGGAAUUUCAAGCUGUUCUUUGACAGCUGGUUUAGCUUAGUCCCACUGAUGCUCGUGCUGUCCCAGCAAGGCAUCCACUUUCUAGGUACGGUGUGCUCUAAUUGCUUGCCAGGAAGUUCCAUGAUGCCAGACGCUGAUCUGAAAAGAUUUUGCUGUGGGUCCUUCCAGGAAAAAACGGCCUAUGUUCGAGAUACCCAGCUGCAUGCAGUCAAAUGGUAUGACAACAGGCCAGUCACCCUCCUCAGUAGCUACGUAGGUGCUCAACCUGUAUCCCAUGUCGACAGAUGGAACAAAGGCCAAAAGAAAACCAUCAAGGUCUCAUGCACUGCAGCAGUAUCCACAUACAAUCAGCACAUGGGAGGUGUCGACUUGGAUUCACUGGAUUCACUGAUUGAUUUAUAUCGCACCAACAUCAGGUCAAAGAAAUGGUACCACCGCCUUGUCUUUAAUUUCAUAAAUAUGGCAGUGGUGACAUGUUGGCUCAUCUACAGACGGGAUUGUGCUGACAAUGGAAUGGCGAGAAGUGACCACAUGUGCCUUUAUGCCUUCAAGUCCCUAAUUGAACACAGUCUGUGCAAAUCCAAAAAAGAUGCCAGGAAGAGAGGGCGAACCAGUGGUGGGAUUUCCUAA